CCAGCCCAGAGAGAGUAAGCGAGAACCUUGACCUCCUCCUUCCUUUCAAAGGCCUCACUUUUGCACUUGGACCUAGUAGCGACAUCUAUCACUAGGAUAGCUUCGUCUACUCAACUUCACUCACACUCACCAUCACCUACUAGUUGGCCUAUUAUCUCUCAUAAUCAUAUAGAUUUUGAAGUGACCUGGCCAACUUCUCACCUUCCUGGUGUGUAUGAAGGAAUUCUGAUCACUCUACUCGAGAGCCAGGCAACGCGUAGUCUAAUCCUUUUCUUCUUCUCUUCUCGAUCCUCAUAUAUUUUUCUCCUUUAACAAUAUUUCCUACUUUUCUUUAAUUUUGUUUAUGCUUUUGUACAAGUUUCUGCCAUCAUGAGUUCCGGUAUCCCACCUUGGCGUGCUACCGCGUCUGCUACUGCUACGGCCCCUCACUUUCCUGCACAUGCAACCCCUGCAUAUAUCCCUGUUCAAGCACGCCGUAGCUUUGCUCAUACAUCUACCACCGCCAUGGCACCUCAGCCGCAGCCAACGACAACUCAAGCACCUCGCAAACGAGUAGAAUGGCCAGCCCCCCUUCGAUCAUAUGUACAACGAAGCUUCGCGCCUGAGAACCAACUUCCUGGAGUCAACCGGCAGGAGAUGGAGGUGAAACUGAAGACUGUCAUUACUGAGGCGGCAGAGAAGAAUCAGCUGGAGAAGAUCAACUGGGAUGCAUUGCCCCUACCGCAAGUCAUGAUUCAAAACGAGCGCAACCAGAUCCUUACCAACCCUGCUGUCUCUGGUUGGAGUGCUUCUCUUUUAACUGCUGCUCAGAAACCGGACACCGUGACCGAGGACGUUUCUAGGAAAAGAAAAUUGGCUGAGUACGGGGACAAAGACGGCUGUCCACCAUGGAGGCAGACUAACAACCAUCAUGCAUUUGGAGAUCGAACUACUUAUCCCUCAGCAGACAAGCGCCAGCGUGGUGAUCAUAAGAACCCCAGUAAGUCAAAAGCUAAUUUGGAAAUGCGGAGGAAACGUUUCGAAGAACCGCGGGCCAGAUAUGGCUCUUCGCCAUCCUCAUCUCGUGGGGAAUCCCCAGCGCCCAGUGCCAAUCAGGGACCUGUUGUUGGACGGUGCCAGGAGCUGGAGAAGAACUACUUCCGCUUGACUUCAGCGCCGAAUCCAGACACCGUUCGACCGCUGCAUGUUUUGCACAAGACCCUGGAUCUUCUGAAAAAGAAAUGGAAGAAAGAUAACAAUUAUGGAUAUAUUUGCGACCAGUUCAAGUCUCUGCGACAAGAUCUGACUGUCCAGCAUAUCAGAAACGAGUUCACCGUCAGUGUCUAUGAGAUUCAUGCCCGCAUUGCGCUCGAGAAGGGAGAUCUUGGUGAGUAUAAUCAAUGUCAGACACAGCUGCGAGCGUUAUAUGCCCAGAAUCUCGGUGGGCAUCCUACAGAAUUUAAGGCGUAUCGUAUUCUUUAUUUCAUCCACACUCGCAAUUGGACGGCUAUGAACGAUGCGUUGGCCGAUCUAACAGCAGCAGACAAGCGUGAUCCUGCUGUCAAACAUGCCUUGGAUGUUCGCUCAGCUCUUGCCCUGGGAAACUAUCAUCGUUUCUUCCAGCUCUACCUCGACACCCCUAAUAUGGGGGCUUAUCUGAUGGACAUGUUUGUGGACCGCGAGCGACUUUCCGCACUUGCGGCCAUCUGUAAAGCCUACAAACCCGACGUAAAGAUUCGUUUUAUCACCGAGGAACUUGGCUUUGAGUCCGAUGAACAGAGUGCACGCUUUAUCCUGGACCAUGCCUCUGAGGAUUUACUCCAAGAGAAAGAUGGAUCCGUGACGCUGCUCACGAGCGGCAGGGCUGCGCAACUCUUCGAGGCGGCCAAGUCUGAAGCCCACAGAGUCGUUGAUAUAAAAGGACAGAUUUGAUCCCGAGUUUUUCGUUACUGCAGCCAGCGUCCACACCCCACUGAUUAUCGGCAUAUACGAGUUUCCCGUCUCUCAGUGCUCUCAAUACCCUUGCACCUUGAUUUCGUCUCCUUUACUUCCCCUUUUUUUCAUUGAACGGCAUAGUCGACUGGCACCAGGUGCCUCCGAUGUUUCCCGUUCACGUCCGCUUCGGUCUUCUCUAUGCUCCUGAGCCUUGACGGUGUUUUGCAUAUCUCUUUCUUGGCUUUUGAGAUCAGCUCACUUAAGCCCGGAAGCAUGGUAGCGUUAUUUUCUCUGACUUUUGGCGUUGUUAUGGAUGGGAUGUGGAAAUGGGUUAGCAUUUAAGUCCUAGUAUUCGUAAUUUAGUGAUACUUAGCAAUGUCAAAAGUACUUUCAGCACCGGUGGUAG